AUGGUCGGGAUGGGUGGGGUGCAUCGUGUGGUGGGCUUGGUACUGGGGCUGGUUGGUUGGUUGGGCCAGCCGUGGUCGUGGGCUGGGGCGUCGUCCGUGGGCGAUGAUUUGUGGUAUCCUACGCGUGUGCGGAAUUUGACGCAGUAUCGGCUACAGCGUCGUGAGGAAGUGCGCCAGAUGUUUUAUCAUGGAUUCGACAAUUACAUGGAGCACGCCUUUCCUCAUGACGAGCUGCAGCCCCUCAGCUGCACCGGUCGCGACACUUGGGGGCCCUACUCGCUCACUCUCAUCGAUAGUCUCGACACUCUCCAUGUGCUCGGGAAUGCCAGUGCCUUCGAGGCUGGCUUGCGUGUCACCAUCCGCGAUCUCAAUUUUGACAUUGACAAGAACGUCUCCGUCUUUGAGACCACCAUUCGUAUGCUGGGAGGCCUUCUCUCUGCCCACCUUGUCGCCGCGGAUUUGAAGGCUCAAGACCAGCUGCAAGGCCCAUAUCAUCAGGAACUGCUCGACCUGGCCACAGACCUGGGCGAUCGCCUCCUGCCCGCCUUUGACACCCCCACAGGGCGCUGGACCCUUCUGGACGCGGGCAUCGGCUCUAAUCAGGAUAGCUUUUACGAGUAUCUUGUCAAAGGCUAUAUCAUGCUGGGUGACGAGGAGUAUCUACACAUGCUAGAACCCCUGUACGCAGCUACGGCGACUAAAAUGAAGGUCAACGACUGGUACUUUGAUGCCAAUAUGAAGUCCGGCGCCAAGUCGCUGCCUUGGUUUACGGCGUUGUCUGCCUUCUGGCCCGGAUUGCAAGCGCUCUACGGAGAUGUGGCGGCGGCUCACCGCACGCUGCUUAAUUUUCAAGACGUUUGGCGCCUCUUUGGAUUUGUUCCCGAGGCAUACAAUCUCAACACGGGGGAAUUUCCGUUUGACCUCAAGGCAUAUUUUUUGCGGCCCGAGUUGGCCGAAAGCCUCAUGUAUACUUAUCGUGCCACCAAGUCGCAUGCGCUGGGUGAUCGGAUGGAGUCCUUCUUUCUCUCCGAAACGCUAAAGUACCUAUUCCUGCUCUUUGAUGAGGACAACUUCAUCCAUCGCGGCGGUCAUGUCUUCAAUACUGAAGCCCAUUAUUUUCCCAUCCUUGGUCAAGGCAUUGCCCAACCACCGGCCGAGCCCACCGCUGCACUGCUGCAGGAUCCGGAGGCCAAACUCAAGGCUGCGCAAAAGACGCAGGCUGGCCUCGCAGAGCCCACUGUUCCCGAAAUGCCAUCCGCAAACCGUAUCAAAGUCACGGGCUCUGACGAGGAGGCCGAGGCGCUUCUCAGCAAAAUCAAAGCACAGGUGGCCGAAGCCAAGGCGGCCGGCGAAAAGCCAGACGUCCGCGAUUUGUUACAAGAAGCCGUCAAGGCUGGCAUUAUUGCCAUGAAGGAGGACAAGCCAACAAGCCCAGCCGAUGCGGCGCCAGCUGCGCCUGCCGAUACGCUGACGCGCUUGGAGCGUCUUCAAACUUUGGUUGAUGCUUGCUUCAAGCAUGAAGCAGAUUAUUGGACGUACGAGGUGUGCUUUGGACGCUUUGCGCGACAAUAUCACCAGGAGAAGGGCACUAUACAGAUCGAGUACAGUUUGGGCGUACGUCAUGUGGCAGAAGCAGUACGGGCGGCUGAGACCUUGGAUCAAGUACAGACUGUAAUGGACGGCGUGGAUGUGCGUGGCUAUGUUGAGCAGGCCAAUACGCCUCUCGUGUUGCGUCACGUGUUUGAGCAUGGGGACACCUGUGUCCCCGGCCUUUCACGUCGCGCCACGGUUCACUACCAAUGUGACCCAUCGCUGCGUGACUUGCCCAAGCAGUUUACGAUGAGUGUAUCUGAGUUGGAGCAAUGCCUCUACAAUGUGUCGAUAUCCUCGGGCCUUCUUUGUCCCUCCGGCCUGACACCGCCAGCAGAGCUCAUGGACUCGUCAGAGCACACCGAGACCAAUCUGAGCUGA